CAUUCCAUACAUUUUCUAUAAAACAGAAAGAAAAAACAUAGUAGAGCUUAAACUCUGAACGUUCGAUUGAAAAUGGGGACGAAUAAUUCAUUUCCCGGUUAAAUUGAAAAAAAAAACGUUGUUGUUUACAAUUGGUACGUGAAAUUUCGCGGUGCGACCGGAAACCUCACCUACAGCCGACGGUACCAGAAUGUACAAACAAUACUUCGAAAAGUUCUGCCCACAAUGGAUUCCCGCGAGAGUUGUCAUCUGCAUCAUGAUGUUCACCGCCUGUUGGGUCAGUUAUAUGUGCCGAUUGCAAAUGGCAAUACUUGCCGUACCUAUGAUCAAAACUGGAGCUGACGCCAAACAAAGUUCUGGGGCUUGCAUCGAUUCUCCGUCGGAAGAUGAUCGACCGAAGCGGUGGCUUGUUCUCGAUCCUUUAGACGACCUUUCAUCGAGUUACGAUUUCGAGGCCGACUUCCAAAAUUCUUCUCACUCCAUUGUAUCUCGUAGCACCAACGAGACGGGGGGUCGUCUUCCUGCAAUGAAAGGGAACGAAACACUGGGGGAGAGAAUGAGCAAUGUUCGUCUAUUCACUGGCGAACCUUUCGAGUGGAGCGCUUUCACCCGUGGCCAAUUGAUAUCAGCCUACGGUUGGGGAAACGUGCCAGGAAAUUUGGUCGGCGGCCUAUUGGCCCAGAAAUACGGUCCGAGGCAGUCGGUUUUUUGGUCGUCGCUUCUCGCUGCGAUUAUUUCCCUCUUAACGCCGCUAAUAGCACAAAUUCACUGGAUGGCGUUGGCUGCUUCGAGAGUAAUUAUCGGCUUCACCGGAGGCAUCACGUUUCCGUCUUGUCACACAUUGGUCGCUCGGUGGGCACCGCCCACAGAAAAAGGACGCUUCGUUUGGACUCUCCAAGGUGGAACAUUCGGCUCCAUUUUUCUCUUUGGCAUCAUUUCCAGCAUUGCUGAGAAUAUCAAUUGGGAAGCUGGUUGGUACUUUCCAGCGUUGGUCACCAUCGUUUGGACCGGCUUCUGGUUCCUCCUCACUUUCGACUCUCCCGAGGAACAUCCUCGUAUCAGCGACGCUGAAAAAGAAUACAUCCUCAGUUCUCAGGCUGGAGUCGUACGAAAAGAAAAACCAUCUUUGAAGACGACGCCGAUUCGCGAAAUUUUAACUUCGAUUCCCUUCCUCUGCCUCACCCUCUGUCACUUCGGCAAUGUUUUCCUCCUGUUUUUCUAUCAGAGUGGAAUGAUGCUUUAUCAGACGAAAGCCCUCGGAUUUAAGCUGACUAAAGGCGGUGUCGUAUCCGGCUUACCGUGGGCUAGUCGGGUUAUAUUUUCCUUUUUCUUCGGAUGGGCUGGAGACACUAUACAGAAGCGAAAACUAAUGUCGGUCACGACCUUGCGAAAGAGCGCUACGAUUUUUUCACACUUGUUACCAGGACUGUGUCUAAUCAUUGUUGGAUACUUGGGCUGUGCAUUUAUCUGGGCGAACGUAUUUCUGGUUCUUGCGUUAGGAUUGAACGGAGCAGCGUCGAUAUCGAAUCUGUCAAACAACCAGGAUCUUUCCCCGAACUACGCGGGCUUUCUUUACGGUUUAAUGAACACAUUGGGAUGUCUUUCCGGAAUAAUAGUACCGCCUGUGAUCGAAGAAGUCGCUGGCAAAUGGGGCAAUCCAAUCGAGAAGUGGAGAAUAUUGUUCUGGAUAGGCGCUGCGGUUUGCAUAUGUUGCAUGCUGAUAUUCAUCGUCGGCGGAAGUGGCAAGGUCCAGAGUUGGAAUGAAAUUAAAGUUGAUGAUAGCCAACAAGCGAGUGAGCAGGGAGCCUCUCAACAAUCCAAACAAGCAGCCAAAACUUGAGAGACAAAUUUUUUCAAUGUACUUCUUGAAAGAGAGAACACUUCACGAAAACGA